AUGGCGUCACCAACAUCAUCAACAUCAUCAGCCUUUCUUCCAUGGAUAAUCCAACCACAAGCCACACGUCCUUUUCCUACAGUGGUCAAACCAACAGCUACUGUGCCAUUACCAGUCAAGCUUCCUGCGUUGUUUAAAGUGGAUACGCCAUCAUCAACAUCGUGUUGUUACGCCACGAUACCCCCUCAUGGUCAUGAUUCAGCACCAGAUGAAGCUGCUGUUGGUUCCACAAACUAUCGUAAUGAGGACGUGCAUUUGUAUGUGGAUGAAGACGCGUCGUCGAUCACCGCGUUAAGACCCAUCAUUCAACAUGCAUCAUCAUCUUCUCCCGAAUCCCAAUCCCUUCCAUCUAUCCAGGAUUUAAACAUCAUUGAUGACGCCAACACCAUUACCACAUCCUCUCCACCACUUUCAUGUGCAUCCUCAUCAAGUCGAUCCAAUAGUCUUAGUUCAUGGUCACCUCGAUCUUUUGAUAGCAGUAGUCCUUCGAGUCGAAAAGGCUCUAUUGCAUCUUUGCUCAAUGCAUCUGAUUCGGAACUCCGCAUGGAUACACCUACACGGGACGAGCUUCCGAUCUCUGGUAGCAGCAGCAGCAGCAGCAAACGUGGUAGACCUAUUGCUACAAGCACAAAGCGUAAAAGAGCAGCAUCUUCAGCAGCUGUGGAUGACGAUGAUGAGGAAACAACAUCAACACCAAAAUCGCUCAACACACAAAAGCCAAAUUGUGCAGGAGGAUCAGUGACCAAAGGCCUCCGUCAUUUCAGCAAGCUUGUUUCUGACAAGGUUGCUGAGCGUGGUGUGACGACUUAUAACGAAGUAGCUGAUGAGCUUGCAGCCGACAUUCGUGCCAGCAAGAAACAGCGUCAUGGUUAUGAUCAAAAGAAUAUUCGUCGACGUGUGUAUGAUGCAUUGAAUGUCCUUAUGGCUAUGGAUAUUAUUGCCAAGGAUAAAAAAGAGAUUCGAUGGCUCGGCAUUCCGGCUUGUUUUCAUUCUUCUGCAAGCAGCACUAGCAGCAGCAAUGAGGACGAUGAAAAUAGUAACGAUGAUAGUAGCAGACAACAGCAACAACAACUCUUGGAGCAACAAAUCAAGCACGAGGAACAGCGACAAGCUCAGCUCUUUGAGUCUAUGCAGCAAAUGCAACGUGCAGUCAAAGAUAGUCUAGACACUUUUCUUCAGACUCAAUCCCUCGUAUAUCGCAACCAACAACAACAAGAUGCAUUACCAGCAACACAAUCAAUCGUCGAGUUUCCAUUUCAUGUCGUGCGAUGUAAUCAGGAUUACAACGUCGAUGUGGCCCAUGAUGGACGUCAAGCUAUCAUUGAAUCAACGAUUGAUCAUCUUGUUAUUGAUACGCAUGCUGAUGUUUUAAGGUCGCUGGGUUACGGCCAAAUGUCAGCAUCACAAGCUCAAGACUUGUUGCCAGACCCAUCCUGGUACCCACUUCUCAAUCAGGCAUCCUCGAUUGCUGUUUCUGCAUCAUCAUGA